CCCUGAGCCAAAAACCCCCAAAAUCCUCUGCCCCUCUCCUUUCCCCAUAGCCAAACCCACCCCAAGAAAAUUGAAGAGAAAAAAGAAAACGAAGGCAAGCACAAAUUCUUCCCUUCUCCAAGUCUCCAACCAAAUCUACCUGACCUCUACCACGAAGUAACAUCCCCUUUCCAGAACCAAUACAUACCAAAACAACCAAAAACAGCACUCAAAUUUAGUACACUUUCCUAAAGCCAUUUUGCCCUUUCAAACCAACCAAAAACCCAUUUUACCAUUCUAACAAAACCAAAGAAAAGAAGCCAAAUCAAACUCAAAAUUUCCAAAAUCCCAUCUCUUCUUUCCUUUUCCCCCCUUUUUCGCCCUUCAAAUAAUUUUUACAGGCUGCGACGUCGUUUCAAGUUUCAGCUCUUCUGUUAAUAUUACCACUACUCAGUACUCUCCACAAAUGCCUACGAAGAAGCCCAAGUACGACGCCGUAUCAUCUCUGCUCUUCAUCUUCCUAGUUUCCUUUCCAUUUCUCAUCUCCUCCAAGUCUACGAUAGAGCCUUGCUCAAACUUCGACUCCUGCUCCGCCGUCGUCGCCUACACGCUCUACACCGACCUCAAGGUCGCCGAGGUCGCGUCCCUCUUCCACGUCGACCCCAUUGCCCUCCUCACGGCCAACGCCGUCGACAUUUCCUACCCGGACGUCGAAAACUACAUCCUCCCGGCGAAGCUCUUCCUCAAGGUCCCCAUCACUUGCUCUUGCGUCGACGGCAUCAGAAAAUCCACCUCCACCAUUUACAAGACUCGCCCUUCCGACACCCUUUUCAACAUCGCCGAUGAUAUCUAUGGUGGGCUGGUAUCGGCCGACCAGAUCAAGGAGGCUAAUGCUAACUCCAUCUCUGACCCUUCUGUGUUGAAUGUGGGGACUUCGCUUGUGAUUCCAUUGCCUUGUACUUGUUUCAAUGGGACGGAUAACAAUCUUCCGGCGGUUUAUAUGUCGUAUGUUGUCCGGCCGGUGGAUACCCUUGCCGGAAUUGCGUCCAAGUACUCUACCACGCUGACUGAUCUCAUGAAUGUGAAUGCUUUGGGCAGUCCAUCUAUUAAGGAUGGCGAUAUUCUUGCAAUUCCUCUAUCUGCUUGUUCAUCUAGUUUCCCAAAGUACGCAUCGGAUAAUGCCCUGUCCGUACCUAACGGGAGUUAUGCUAUUACUGCAAGCCAUUGUGUUCAAUGCAGUUGUGGACCGGGGACUCGCAAUUUAUACUGCACGCCAGCUUCAUUAGCAGUUUCUUGUUCAAGCAUGCAAUGCAAAAACAGCAACCUCAUGCUUGGAAAUAUAACAAUGCAACAGACUAGUGCUGGUUGCAAUGUGACUACUUGCAGUUAUGGAGGAUUUGUAAAUGGAAGCAUUGUGACCAUAUUGUCCUCUUCCCUUCAGCCUCGUUGCCCAGGACCACAGCAAUUUCCACCAAUCAUAGAUCCCUCAUCAUUAGUUGGCCAAGACUCUUCAUUUGCACCAGCUCCUUCACCUUCUGAAAUAUCAGGUGCUCCAACAGUUCCAAAAUCUUCAGUGGUGCCUUCUACUGGCUCUACUAUACAAUUUCCACCUGCUAAUGGCCCAGCUGGAAGUGCUGGAAGUGCUACUUCUGAUUCCUCGGUGGUGAAUCCUUUAGCAGGUUUUCCUAUUACAUUUCUCUUAGCGUUGUAUCUCAGGAAUUCGUUGCCACUUGGGUUGUAAUUUUCUUUCCACCCAUGAGCUAUGAGAUAAUGAGAUCUUAUCUUUUCUGUCUAAUGCACUGUGAGAUCCAAUGAACAUUUACUCAAACCAUUUCUUUGUAGUAAAACAGCAAUUUUUGAAUGACCAGUGUGCUUCUGGCAUUUCUAAUUUUUUA